AGGAUGAGCCUGCCAGAUGCCUUGUGCGCAUCUAUCUCCAGGGCCGGGGAGGCUGGGCGAACUCCCGGGGAGGAGACUGGGUCAGGGACACCUGCGGAACUCGGCGUGGCCCCGACCCGCCGGCCUCGGGCGCGGAGGGGUGGGCAGGUUAAGAGAGCAGGAGGAGGGACCUGCGUCCUGGUCCGGGACUGGGGUGUCCGCUGCAGCUGCGCUCGCAGCAGGCGGGGCGUGGAGUCUGGAGGAGCGACCGCCCCCUCCUCUCGGCUCCCCGGGCCCCGCCCCGGCGGACGCGCGCCUCGCGCCCGGGCACCAGCGCGCAGGGGCUGCGGAGCGGCAGGAUGCAGGAGGAGCUGGCGUGGGAGACCGACGGCCUUUGGGAUGAACGCGCUUCUCCUGUCUGCCUGGUUCGGCCACUUACGAAUCCUCCAGAUCUUGGUAAACUCAGGGGCCAAGAUCCACUGUGAGAGCAAGGAUGGCCUGACCUUACUGCACUGCGCAGCCCAAAAAGGCCAUGUGCCUGUGCUGGCGUUCAUAAUGGAGGACCUGGAGGAUGUGGCCCUGGACCACGUAGACAAGCUGGGGAGGACGGCAUUUCACAGGGCAGCUGAGCACGGGCAGCUGGAUGCUCUGGACUUCCUCGUGGGCUCUGGCUGUGACCACAGUGUCAAAGACAAGGAGGGGAACACGGCCCUUCAUCUGGCUGCUGGUCGGGGCCAUAUGGCUGUGCUGCAGCGACUUGUGGACAUCGGGCUGGACCUGGAGGAGCAGAAUGCGGAAGGUCUGACUGCCCUGCAUUCGGCUGCUGGAGGAUCCCACCCUGACUGUGUGCAGCUCCUCCUCAGGGCUGGGAGCACCGUGAAUGCCCUCACCCAGAAAAACCUAAGCUGCCUUCACUAUGCAGCCCUCAGUGGCUCGGAGGAUGUGUCUCGGGUCCUCAUCCACGCAGGAGGCUGCGCCAACGUGGUUGAUCAUCAGGGUGCCUCUCCUCUGCACCUCGCUGUGAGGCACAACUUCCCUGCCUUGGUCCGGCUCCUCAUCAACUCCGACAGUGACGUGAAUGCCAUGGACAAUAGGCAGCAGACGCCCCUUCACCUGGCUGCAGAGCACGCCUGGCAGGACAUAGCAGAGAUGCUCCUCAUUGCUGGGGUUGACUUAAACCUGAGAGAUAAGCAGGGAAAAACUGCCCUGGCAGUGGCCGCCCGCAGCAACCAUGUCAGCCUGGUGGACAUGAUCAUAAAAGCUGAUCGUUUCUACAGAUGGGAGAAGGACCACCCCAGUGAUCCCUCUGGGAAGAGCUUGUCCUUUAAGCAGGACCAUCGGCAGGAAACACAGCAGCUCCGUUCUGUGCUGUGGCGGCUGGCCUCCAGGUAUCUGCAGCCCCGUGAGUGGAAGAAGCUGGCAUAUUCCUGGGAGUUCACGGAGACGCAUGUCGACGCCAUCGAGCAACAGUGGACAGGCACCAGGAGCUAUCAGGAGCACGGCCACCGAAUGCUGCUCAUUUGGCUGCAUGGCGUGGCCACGGCUGGUGAGAACCCCAGCAAAGCGCUGUUCGAGGGCCUCGUGGCCAUUGGCAGGAGGGACCUGGCUGAAAAUAUCAGGAAGAAAGCAAACGCAGCCCCGAGUGCCCCCAGGAGGUGCACAGCCAUGUAACCGGAGGGGCCAGACCUUCAGGCACGUGGGACCUCAGCGUGUGGAGCCACCUGAACAGAAGAUGACCAUCAUUUAAGGGCUUUUUAAAAAAUCACUGUUAACAGACCUCCAGGUGAUUCUACUGAAAUGCACAGUCAUGCAGAGCCCAGGAGGCAAAUGUUUGUACACUGAUCUUUUUCAUGAGGAUGGGUCCAAGGGCCUGUAAUCCCGUCCAACAGGUAUGGUCCUUUUGAGCUCUUGGCACACUUUCUUUAUUUCUUCUUCUUUUUCUUUCUCCUUUUCUUCUUCUUCUUUCCUCUUCUUUCUUUUUCUUCUUUCCUCUUUUCUUCUUCCUUUCUUCUUUCUUCCUUUCUUUUCUUCUUUCUUCUUCCCUCUUUUCUUUCUUCUUCCUCUUUCUUCCUCUUCCCUCUUUUUUCUUUCUUCUGCUUUUUCUUUCUUCCUUUCUUCUUCCUUUUUCUUCUUUCUUCAUCUUCUUCCUUCUUAUUCUUUCUUCUUGUUCCUUAUUCUUCUAUCUUCUUUCUUCUUCCUUUUCUUUUUCUUUCUUCUUCCUUUCUUCUUUUUCUUCUUUCCUUUUUUCUUCUUCUUUCUUCCUUUCUUGUUUCUUCUUCUUCCCUCUUUUCUUUCUUCCUCUUCUUCCUUUUCUUUUCUUCUUCUUCCUCUUCCUUAUUUUCUUUUCUUCUUGUUCCUCCUUCUCCUUUUUCUUCUAUUUCUAUCUUCUUCUUUCCUCUUUCUUAGUUCCUUUUUCUUCUUCCUUAUUCUUUUCUUCUUGUUCCUUCUUCUUCUCUUUUCUUCUUUCUUUCCUUCUUCUUAGUUCUUCCUCUUUCUUCUUUCCUUCUUCUUCCUCUUCUUCUCCUUCUCCUCCUCCUUUUUCUUCUUCCUUCUCCUUCUUCUCCUUCCCUUUCUUCCUUCUCCUUCUUCUCCUCCUUCGUUCUUCUUCUUCCUCCUCUCCUUUUCUUCUUUCUUCUCCUUCUUUCUUUCUUCUUCCCUCUUCUUCCUUCUUCUCCCUCUUUUUCUUCUUCCUUCUUCUUAGUUCUCCUUUCUUCUCCUUCUUCCUUUUCUUCCUUCUUUCUUGUCUCUUCUCUCCUUCUCCUCCUCCUUCUUCCUCCUGUUCUUAUUCUCCUUUCUUCCUUCUUCUCCUUCUUAUUCUCUUCUUCUCUCUCCUUCUCCCUCUUCUUUCCUCUUUUCUUCUUUCUUCUUCCUAUUUUUUCUUCGUUCUUUUCUUUCUUCCUUUUCUUUUUCUUCUUUCCUCUUAGUUCUUCCUAUUUCUUCUUUUUUCUUCCUUAUUCUUUCCUCUUCCUUCUUUUCUUCUUCCUCUUCCCUCUUUUCUUCUUCCUUAUUCUUUCUUCUUUCCUUGUUCUUCUAUCUUUUCUUUUUCUUCUUAGUUCUUCUUCUUCCUUUUCUUCCUUUCUUCUCUUUCUUUCCUCUUCUUAGUUCUUCCUCUUUUUUCUUCUUCCUCUUUUCUUUUUUCUUCUUUGUUCUUUCCUUCUUCUUCUAUCUUCUUUCCUCUUCCUCUUCCCUCUUCUUUUCUUCUGCUCUUUUCUUUUCUUCUUUCCUUUUCUUUUCUUCUUCCUUUCUUCUUCUUCCUUAUUCUUUUCCUUUUCUUCUUCUCCUUUUCUUCCUUUCUUCUUGUUCCUUAUUCUUCUUUCUUUUCUUCUUCUACUUUCCUUUUUCUUUCUUCCCUUCUUUUUUCUUCCUCUUUUUCUUCUUCUUUUGUUUCUUUUCUUCUUUCUUCCUCUUUCUUCUUGUUCCUUAUUCUUCUUUUCUAUCUUUUCUUUUUCUUCUUCUUAGCUCUUCCUCUUCUUCCUUUUCUUCCUUAUUUCUUCGUGUUCUUCUUUCCUCUUCUUAGUUCUUCCUUUCUUUUCUUCUUCUUCUCUUUUCUUCUUACCUUCUUCUAUCUUCUUCUUUCCUCUUCUUUCUUCUUCCUCUUCCCUCUUCUGCUUUUCUUCCUUCUUCCUUUUCUUUCUUCUUCCUCCUCCUCUUCCCUCUUCUGCUUUUCUUCCUUUCUUUUCUUCCUCUUCUUUUUUCUUUCUUCUUCCUUCUCCUUCUCCUCCUCCUCCUCCUUUAGUUCUUCUUCUCCUUUUCUUCUCCUUCUUCUCCUCUUUCUUCUUCCUUCUCCUCCUUCUUCUUUCUUCUCCUUCCUCCUCUCCUUCAUCUUCUUUCUUUCUUCUCCUUCUUCUUCUCCUUCUUUCUUCUUCCUUCUCCUCCUUCUCCCUCUUCCUUCCCCCUUCUUCAUUUGUCUUCUUCCUUCUUGUUCUCCUUCUUCUUCUUCCCUCUUCUCCUUCCUUCCCUUCUUCAUUUGUCUUCUUCCUUCUUGUUCUCCUUCUUCUUCUUCCCUCUUCUCCUUCCUUCCCUUCUUCAUUUGUCUUCUUCCUUCUUGUUCUCCUUCUUCUUCUUCCCUCUUCUCCUUCCUUCCCUUCUUCAUUUGUCUUCUUGUUCUCCUUCUUCCCUCUUCUCCUUCCUCCUUCUUCUUCCUUCAUCUUAUUCUCCUUCUUCUCCUUUUCUUCUUAUUCUUCUUUCUUUCUUCUUCCUUCUCCUUCUUCUUCGUCUUCUCCUUCUUCCUUAUUCUUCCUUCUUCUCCUUUCUUCUUCCUUCUCUUCUUGUCUCUUCUUCUCUCUCCUUCUCCUUCUCCCUCUUCUUCCUUCUUCUCCUUCUUUUCUUUCUUCUCCUUCUUUUUGUUCUUUCUUCUUCCCCUUCUUCCUCUUCCUUCUUCUCCUUUCUUCUCCUCCUUCUUCUUCCCCUUCUCCUUCUUCCUUCUUUCUCCUUCUUUAUUCUUCUCUUGUUCUCUCUUCUUUCUUCUUGUCUCUUGUCUCUUCUUCUCUCUCCUUCUUCUCCUCCUCUUUCCUUCUUCUUCUUCUUCUUUCUUUCUUUCUUCUUCUUUUCUCUUUUUUUUGAUAUGGAGUCUUACUCUGUCGCCAGGCUGGAGUGCAGUGGCGCAAUCUCGGCUCACUGCAACCUCCACCUCCCAGGUUCAUGCCAUUCUCCUGCCUCAGCCUCCUGAGUAGCUGGGACUACAGGUGCCUGCCACCACACCCAGCUAAUGUUUUGUAUUUUCAGUAGAGAUGGGGUUUCACUGUGUUAGCCAGGAUGGUCUUGAUCUCCUGACCUCGUGAUCUUCCCCAGGGAUGGGGCGUUCCAUCUUCUGCCCUGUCCGGCAGAGUAGCCGCUUGCCACCUGAGGCUGUCAUGCACCUGAAAUGUUGGCUAGAGGGACUGAGAAGCUGAAAUUUCUUACUUCUCAUUAUUUGAAAUUGCAGGCACCCGUGGCAAGUGGCAUCCAUGGUGCUUGGCUUUGAGGUGCCAGGCAAGCACAGCUUGUUGUAGGGCUUGGCUGUACCAGCAGGGGGAUGUGUUUCUGGGGAAUUGUGGCUCUGGAAGCUUCACGGUUUCCCAGAAUGUGGAAAAUAUAUCUGUGCAGGAUAGAAAUCCUGCCCAGAGGCUGUUUCUGUCUCAUUUGAGCUCUCUUUCAUGUGGCAGAGCUGGCUGUGGCAUUUAGGAGCCUACAUUUUAGAAAAGCUUACCUCAAAGUUCUGCAUUGAACCUGAGACUGGAAAGGAGAUAAAAUAAAACAGCUGACAGAAGCUUUGGUAGUCACACAUGCCUGAUGGGGUGCACAGGGCCACAGUCUCUGAAAGGCAAUUUGGCAUUGUCUGUCCGCAGUAUACUUUUAUCCAUUGGUCCAGUAAUCCUACUUCUAGGAAUUUUUCCUGCAUAUAAACCUGUAUGCAUAUAAAUCCUACUUCUAGGAAUUUUUCCUGCAUAUAAACCUGUAUGCAUAUAAAAUGACAGACAUACAAGGUUAUUACUUUGAAAAAGCAAAAGAUUGGAAACAAACCAAGUGACUGGCUACAGGGGACUGGUGAAAUAGAGUAUGUUCCAUCCACACAAUGGAAUUCUGUUCAGCAGUGAAAAAAGGAUGAGAGUGCUUUCCAAGUGUUGUUAUGGAAAGAGCUCCAGGAUAAAUUAAGUGGAAAAAAACCCCAAGAUACAGGUACAUUAAACCGAAGGAAAUUGGUUCAGAGGAUAGCUGCACUAUUUUUAGAGAAAAAGCUUCCUUUCUCUCUUCACCUUUUGCAGGUGAUGUAUUUUUUUCUUUGGAUUCCUUUUUUUUUGAAAGUUUAGCUUGGCCGGGCGCAGUGGCUCAUGCCUGUAAUCCCAGCACUUUGGGAGGCCAAGGUGGGCAGAUCACGAGGUCAGGAGAUCGAGACCAUCCUGGCUAACACGGUGAAACCCCGUCUCUACUAAAAAUACAAAAAAUUAGCCAGGCAUGGUGGCGGGCACCUGUAGUCACAGCUACUUGGGAGGCUGAGGUAGGAGAAUGGCAUGAACCCGGGAGAUGGAGCUUGCAGUGAGCCGAGAUUGUGCCACUGCACUCCAGCCUGGGUGACAGAGCAAGACUCUGUCUCAAAACAAACAAACAAAAAAAGAGACAGAGUUUCACGCUUGUUGCCCUGUCUGGAAUGCAGUGGUGUGAUCUUGGCUCACUGCAACCUCCGUCUCUUGGGUUCAAGCAAUUCUUCUGCCUCAGUCUCCGGAGUAGCUGGGAUUACAAGCACACACCAUCAUGCCUGGCUAAUUUUUGUAUUUUUAGUAGACAGGUUUCACCAUGUUGGUGAGGCUGGUCUUGAACUCCUGACCUAAGGUGACCCAUCCACCUCAGCCUCCCAAAGUGCUGGGACUACAGGCAUGAGCCACGGAGCCCAGCCAUCUUUGGAUUCUUAAAACUUAAAAAAAAUUCUAAAACAUAUUUGUGAUCUAUUACAUUAUGAGAUAUGAUAGGGAAAAAAUAGACAACUUUACCUACCACUAAGUUAUAUUUAAUCAGCAUUCUUUUGUUUCCUAACAUAUAUGUUGCGAGCUAAAUAUAUGCUCUUACUCUAAAUCUUUCUGAGCUACACUUUAAGGGUGAAAAUUGUUUUGUUUUGUUUUUUGAGACAGAGUCUCGCUCUCUCACCCAGGCUGGAGUACAAUGGCGAGAUCUCAGCUCACGGCAACCUCCGCCUCCCGGGUUCAAAUGAUUCUCGUGCCUCAGCCUCCCGAGUAGCUGGUAUUACAGGCGCAUGCCAUCACAGCUGGCUAAUUUUUUUAUUUUUAGUAGAGAUGGGGUUUGGCCAUGAUGGCCAGGCUGGAAAAUUGAAACAUAAUUUCACAAUUAUUCCUUUUUCCACCUUAAGUAAUAAGAGUAGAAUACUUUCUGUGUUUUUAUCUUAUACACAUGAAUAAAUGCUAUGGCUUAUCACAGUUACAAUGUGUUUUCUGAAAGUAAAGAUUAUUUUACCUUGAAAUUACAAAAAUUUUCAGUUUUCCAAAAUUCUAUCUUUAAACCUAAAUAAUUCAAUUUCAUGGAUGCACAAAUGUUUAUUGAGAGUCUCAUAUUCAUGCUUUUCUUCACAGCACUAUGAAGUUGGACUUGGAAAAUUUGGACAGCCAUUUGCCAUUGUAAUUUUUAUUCUUUUUUCUCCUGAUUAUUUGACAAAACUUGUAUCCACAUUGUAGUUGUUCAUGUGUCUGCUUCUAUUGCAUAUUGUAAAAUUAUUAACUACUUCCCAAAAUAGUAUUUCUCUCAGCAGAUAUUUCUUUGGUACUACCAUGUAUUGUAUAACUUUUGGAAAAGUAAGGUGGCUUCCCUGCUCUCAGUGAAGCAUUUUAUUAAAAGAAUUAAUUAUAAUUAAAAAAACACGAUACAGAUCAGUGCAUAUAGUAUAUUACUAAUAGUAUGCUGUUAAUUGUGUAAGAAAGAAAGGAAAUUAGAAAACAUAUUUGCAUAAAUAAAAGCUAGACAAAGGCUAAGAAACUAAUCAGGUGGUUUCCCUGGGGUAGUAGGAUAAUGGGGAACAGUGGGGCUGGGACCGGGUGGGAGAAAGAGUUCUCAGUGGUUCCUUUCUAUACUGUUUUAACUUUUGAAAUGUGUGAGAGUGUUACUUACUGAAAACUGAAAGGAUAUGACAUUCUGGAACAGGCAAAACUACAAAGACAGUAAAAAGAUCAGUGAUUUCCAUGAGCUGCAAGGGCAGUGAGAGGAAGGGAGGGAUGAGGAGGUGGAGCGCAGGGGAUGUUAGGGCAGUGAAAGGUUCUGUAUGACACUGUGAUGGUGGGUACAUGACAUUGGGCAUUGGUCAAAACCCAUAGCAUGUACAGCACAAAGCGUGAGCUCUAAUGUGAGCUAUGGACUUUAGUUAAUAGUAACGUGUCAAUAUUGGUUCAUCAGUUGUAUCAAAUGUACCACACUGAUGCCAGAUGUUAAUAACUGGGGAAACUCUGUGUGGUGAAGAGUACGUGGGAGCUCUCUGUGCUAUCUGCUCAAUUUUUCUCUAAACCUAAAACUGCUCUAAAAUAGAAAGUCUGUGAAAAAAACUAAAGUUAAAAAAGGAAAAGAAAACAGAGGCUUUAAAUUAAAUCAUCUAUUCCUUGGGAAAGGUAUUUUGUACCAUAUGGGACUGAAAUCAUUUCUCUGGAUGAAUUUUAUAAAAUGAAUUUUGUAAUUUUUUUCUGAGACAAAAAGUUCUUAAAUACAAUAAAAUUGAAAUGUUGAAAUAUA